GAGUAGGGCGAUUGGGGGUCCUCCUCGACUGUCGACUGUUUAUGGAGGCUGUGACGAGUGACUGAAGGAGCGAGAAGCUGCUGAUUUGCAGAUCUUGGGUUCCGUUUGAAAAGCUCAGCUCGCUCGCUUGCUCGCUCAGCUGUUCGACCUGCGUACUCCCAGUCCUGCAGCGCUGGGUGCUAGAUUCUGGUCGGUGGGACAGUGUUGUAGGAGGAGAGCUAGCUCAAAUCGCAGUGCCAUGCAUGUGCGGAGUGGGUUUAAACAUUCGUUGGAAACAUAUGUGGAGGUAGUUCUCGUUUCCCGGUGGGUCGGAGACUGUUCUCUCCGGACUUGUCGUCGAGGAGAGGAGAAGAGCACCAGUCUAGUCUGAACCGGGAGAAGUAGGGAAAUUCGCCGUUGAUGAAUUGGUGAUGAAUAGUCGUGCGUGGACAACGCUUGAGCUACGAAUUUGAAGCAGACGAUCCUGGAGUUGUGAUGCACAAUCCAUCUGCUUAAGCUCUUGUGCGGUACAGAUUUCUUCCAGGAUCGAGGCGAAGAAUCGUUCUGUUGCCGAUUUCUGAAUGCACUUGAAUUCUAAGAUGUUCUCGAAGCUGCGCUGAUUGAGAUCUUACUUCCGACAUCUAUGCCCGGUCGUAUGACUGUAGCACGCGGCCAGGGAUUCUGUAAUGCAGAUGUUGAGCCUUGAAAUCGUCUAAGGGGAAUCGAUGUGACCAAGACCAAGACCGUCAAGCGCGAGUGUAACUUAGGGAUGACGGGAAAUUUUGAAACAGGUGUUGGAUAUUCUUCUAUGGUGAAGUGAGCUGACGGUGAUUGCGGAGAGGUUCCAUCUUUGCAAGUUUGAUAUAGCCGUCGACCCCGACUCUUUGCGGACUGAAGUUAGACAGUAGGAAUUAUGGGUCUCAAGUUUGAAUGUCCCGUGGAGGAAACGUGCUCAGCAUGGGCACUCUCGUACUUUUUCGAUUGUGUAUGCAAUCACAAGGACCUGAUAUCAUUCUCUCUCGGCAUCACAAGCAUAGUCUGUUGGGCUAUGGCAGAGGUUCCGCAAAUACUCACCAAUUGGCAGUCUCCAAACACUGAGACUGUGUCCAUGGCGUUCAUUUUCACUUGGAUGAUCGGAGAUAUAUUCAAUGUUCUGGGUUGCUGGUUCAAUCCUGGCACACUUCCAACGCAAUUUUACCUGGCCGUGCUAUAUACUGCUACCACAGUUCUCCUCGUGGUGCAACAACUAUUGUUCGCUUGGAAGACCUACAAACCUCCUUCGAAUUCGACCACUACACCUUUGAUUCCUCAUGGAAGAUCAGACUCUAAGUCUCCACGGUGGCCGAAUGAUCUGGAUGGGUUGUUCCCAUCAAAAUCAGCCAAACUGAAAUCACAUCCUAUGAACACAAGAGGAUAUGGAAAACCACCCUUGCCGGUGACAGCGUCUGUGCCUGUACGUGGAAACAUGGGAUCUCCGGGAUCUUACAGAAGCUGGGGCCGCUUGACUUUGUCAAAUUCAUACGGCACAGAUAGUUCUCCAUUAGCCAAAGGGAUUGUGUUUUCCUCGGUGGCUGUUGUUACUCUCACCUUCAGUGGUGGCUUUUCUUCUCUUGGUGGUGGAGGCGGUGGGUCAUAUGCUGGGAGUAGCAGGAGACUUUUACAGGGGGAGUUUCCAGCGGAAGACCAUGAUAUUGUGUCAUCUCUUGGUUUAAUAUUGGGAUGGCUGAUGACCUGCAUUUACUUGACGGGACGUCUACCUCAGAUUAUUUUGAACUGGUCACGCGACUUCGUUAUUGGAGUGUCGAUGUCUACUGUAAUAUUUGCGUUUCUAGGGAAUGCCACAUACUUGGGAAGCUUGUUAGUCCGCGGCGUUGAAUGGCAAAGGCUAAAGUUCGUACUCCCUUGGGUGGUUGACAUCGCCUUCUGUCUCUUCAUGGACUUUUUCAUGAUGUGCCAGUACUUGUAUCACCAAAGAAGGGAUGAUUUCCCAACUCUUGAAUAGGUGACAAGUCGUCUCCAUCAGUCCAAUCGCCUCUCGUGAGCACGACUUCCAGCGGAAAGUUGUCACACGGGGAUCAUGAGCUUGUGCGCUUUUGGGGUGUGACGAUUUAGUGCUUCUAGACAAAAGCAUUCUCUUGUAAGAUAGUUGACCAAAUGAUACUCUUCUGGCCAAAUGGCCGUGUAAAAGUGAACGAUCGAUUGUUAUAUAUUUUGGACCUUGCUGUCAUAGUCUUCAUUUAAUCUGCCUACAAGCGAAAAUGUGUUGUCCUGUGAUG